UUCCAGACUGCGAGGUGGUGGGAGCGUUUGCAAGGGGGAGGGAAGGGGGAUGUUCGGAUGAGACGGCGGCAGCAGCCCUGGCUGGGAGCUGGUCAGGCGGCGCGGCGCUGGGCCAGCCCGGGUAUCGCCGGCCCCCAACCUCGCCGCCGUGCCUUUCCAUGGCUGGCUCUCCGGGCUGGCCAGAGCACGGCGCUUCGCUUCCCAGGGGAUCUCAUUGCUAUUCAUGGAUAUCAGCGAUCCCGACUCGCUGCCAGUUAGACUGACAAUCUACUGUGCAGACCUUGGAGGUGGAGAAGAAGCGGAAUAAAGCAGUAGGAUUAGGGCACCGGCCGACUACAGCAUGGGUUUCAUGAAAGAUCUCCUUGCCCCGAGAUCUGUGUUGCUCCUGGUCCCCGCCGUGUUCCUGACGCUCCUCUCCGACGCAGAGAGAGUGUGCCCACGGACAUGUAGAUGCGAUGGUAAGAUAGUCUACUGCGAGUCCCAGGCGCUGCAGGAAAUCCCCGGGAACAUCUCCUCUGGAUCUCUGGGCCUUUCCCUCAGGUACAACAGCAUCAAGUCCCUCAAGCCCAACCAGUUCUCCGGGCUCAACCAGCUGACCUGGUUGUACCUCGACCACAACUAUGUCCACGCGGUGGACGAGAACGCGUUUCAAGGCAUCCGACGGCUGAAAGAGUUAAUUCUCAGCUCCAACAAGAUCACUCGGUUGCCCAAUGGUACCUUCCACCCGGUGCCCAAUCUGCGCAACGUGGACCUCUCCUACAAUAAGAUGCACGUCUUGCAGUCGCUGCAGUUCAAGGGAUUGAGGAAACUCCAGAGCCUGCAUCUGAGAUCCAAUUCCUUGAAGGCCAUCCCGGUGAGGGCGUUCCAGGAUUGCCGCAACUUGGAGUUCUUGGACCUGGGUUACAACCGACUGCGUAGCCUGGCCCGCAAUGCCUUCGCCGGCCUCAUGAAGUUGACCGAGCUGCACCUGGAACACAACCAGUUCUCCAAAUUCUCCAAAGUCAACCUAGCCCACUUCCCGCGUCUCUCCAGCCUGCGGACUCUAUACCUCCAGUGGAACCGCAUCAGGGUGUUCAGCCAGGGGAUGUCCUGGACCUGGAGCUCCCUGCAGAAGUUGGACCUGUCGGGCAACGAGAUCCAAGCCAUCGUGCCCGGCGUGUUCCAGUGCGUGCCCAACCUGCACAGCCUCCACCUCAACUCCAACAAGCUGACCACCAUCAGCCAGGAGAUCCUCAGCUCCUGGACCUCCCUGGCCACCAUCAGCCUCUCCUCCAACAUCUGGGAGUGCAACAGGAACAUCUGCUCGCUGGUCAACUGGCUGAAGAACUUCCAGGGCUACCGAGAGGGCGCUAUGAUCUGCGCGGGGCCCAAGCCUCUCCAGGGCUACAAUGUCAUGGAGGCUGUAGACCAUCACAAAAUCUGUGCGGGGGUGACCACGGUUGCCACCCAGCGACCACAGGGCUCAAAGACCACCCAGAAGACUACCACCCCCAGGCCAACCGCGGUGGCCAGUAAGCCCCAACUCCCAGUCACUGCCCAGCCUUCCAACGAAUCCAUCGCCGACUCGGACCACGAGUUCGAGUACAUCUCGUUUCACAAAAUAAUCGCGGGCAGCGUGGCUCUCUUCCUGUCAGUCACCAUGAUCCUGCUGGUCAUCUACGUCUCCUGGAAGAGGUACCCGGCCAGCAUGAAGCAGCUGCAACAGCGGUCCCUGAUGAAGCGGCGCCGGAAAAAGAAGAGGGAAUGCGAGAGGCAGAUCAACUCCCCCUUGCAGGAGUACUAUGUGGACUACAAGCCGACUAACUCUGAAACCGUGGACGUACUGGUGAAUGGCACGGCGGCUGGCACCUACACUAGACCCAGCCCGAGGGAGUGUGAGACUCCUCUUCCCAUGAACAUCACAGCCUUUUACAACUACGAGCAGCCGUUGGUUGGGUACUGCAAAGCACACCAGACUCUUCACAUACACAAGCGCUUCGAGGCGCCACUGCAGGAAGAGGCGCAGGCCAGCAGCGUCGAGCUGCCCGCCAACCGCAAUGUCAUCAGCACUGUUGCUCGCUCCGCCAUCCCCAACAUACAUCUCGAACCCCCUCACACGCCAUAGGAGGGCACCCCAACCCCCCAGCGGCUCACUUUGUGUGCGGCCAGCUCCCGACGGGAAGGAAGUCAAAAAACAGGAUAGCAACAAACAUUUGAAAGUUCUUUCCUGCGUUUAAAAAUUUAAAAAUAUUGACAUCCCCGAACAAUUGGUAGCCGUUGGAAACUCAACGGCCAAACUUCCGAAACUUGCCGUUCUUCUGAUUUUCUGUGCUUUGGUAUUUGACUAUGUAAAUAUAAGACUCUGCUUAUCAUGUUCUUAAGAAAAUAAAGUAAAAACUGUCAAGGAAUGGGUUCAACUCUUUUCGAAGUCAUGUUUUUCCACCACACAUUCAGGUCCCCAGCCAGGAGAAUGUGGUUAGUAAAAGGAAUCGGCGAUGUUACUUUUAUUUGGAAUGUCAGUCGUACCUGUGGUGAACAACCAUUUCAAUGCAAAAAAAAACUUGGCGAAUUUAUCAACUGAAAAUGCUGAAUGUGUGACAAAUACUCAAGAGUUUACAGGUGAAUGACUUUGGCGCAGUGGGGGGGGUGGGUCUGAAUAUUUACAGUCACAAAGAAUUGGUGCACGAAGGAACUGCAGAUGCUGGUUUACACAGAAGAUAGUCACAACAUGUUAGAGUAACUCAGCUGGUCAGGUAACAUCCCUGGAGAAAAGGAAGAGGUGACGUUUCGGGCCGAGACCCUUCGUCAGACUGGGAGGCAGGGAGGGGGUGAAACUAGAGGAGCGGGCUGGUGCAGAACAGAGCAGAGCCUGCAUCGAUGGCUCGGGAAAGGUUGAUCCCACAAUGUUGGCUGGGGACGAGGUGAUAUCGAAGGAAUACAAACAGCGAAAAGAGGAUCAGGAUGGGAGAGGGGUGGAGAAAGAGGGAAUGCUAGGGUAACUCAAAGGUGGAGAAAUGAUUGUUCAUGCCGCUGGGUUGUAACCUGCCCGAGUGAAAUAUGAAGUGCUUUUGUUACGUGCAAAUUGUAUAAAAUUGUAUAAUGUAUAAAAUUGGCUUUUGUACACUUACAUCCUUCUG